GAUACCACCUGCUGAGUGCUCAGCGCGGCGACCUCAGAGUAGCUUGUGUAAAGGAGGUGGUUCGUUGUUGCGUGCGCACGUUAGUGUCUGAGUUUGCGCGUUAGCUGGGUGCUGCUGCGUGGAUGAUGGCUGCAUCGAAACCCGUAGAGCCUCAGUCCGGGAGUGGGCUCCCCCGUUGGCAGCUAGCACUCCUGGUCGGGACUCCGAUUGUCCUCGGUGUCGGAGCGGUCUACCUGUGGAACCGAAGUCGCGGCAAAGAAAAGCAAGGGAAAAGGAAUGGGGAGAGGAAAACCCCCGAAGGAAGCGCUAGCCCUGUCCAGGGCCAGCACGGUGCGACCAAUCCAGAGCUGGAGAACAUGAGUCCCCUUGACAGAGCACAGUCUGCUAAGAAUAAGGGCAACAAAUACUUUAAGGCUGGCAAAUAUGAGCAGGCGAUCCAGUGCUACACAGAAGCAAUCAGCCUAUGUCCCAAAGAACAGAAAGGAGAUCUGUCCACCUUCUACCAGAAUAGAGCAGCAGCCUACGAGCAACAGCUGAAAUGGACAGAAGUGAUACAGGAUUGCUCUCAGGCAGUUGAGCUGAAUCCUUGCUAUGUAAAAGCCCUUUUUAGGCGUGCCAAAGCCCUGGAAAAACUGGGUAACAAGAAGGAGUGUUUAGAAGAUGUGACAGCAGUAUGUAUUCUGGAGGUUUUCCAGAAUCAGCAGAGCAUGCUACUGGCAGACAAGGUUCUGAAACAGCUGGGAAAAGAGAAGGCCAAAGAAAAAUACAAGAACCGGGAGCCCCUUAUGCCAUCUCCUCAGUUCAUCAAGUCCUACUUCAGCUCCUUUACUGAUGACAUAAUUUCACAGCCUUUACAGAAGGGGGAAAAGAAAGAUGAGGAUAAAGACAAAGAGGGUGAGGCCUCGGAGGUUACAGGAAGCUCAGGCUACCUAAAGGCUAAGCAGUAUAUGGAGGAGGAGAACUACGAUAAGAUCAUCAGUGAGUGUACAAAGGAGAUCGAGUCUGGAGGAAGGUACAGCGAAGCUCUUCUACUGAGAGCCACCUUCUACCUACUGAUAGGCAACGCUACGGCUGCACAGCCUGAUCUUGACCGUGUCAUCAACAUGGAUGAUGCCAGUGUCAAGUUACGUGCUAAUGCACUCAUUAAACGUGGAAGCAUGUACAUGCAGCAGCAGCAGCCCCAGCUUUCCACGCAAGACUUCAACAUGGCUGCAGAGAUCGACCCCCGUAAUGCAGAUGUCUACCACCACAGGGGACAGUUGAAGAUUCUGCUGGAUCAGGUAGAGGAGGCUGUGGGAGAUUUUGAUGAAUGUAUAAAGCUUCGACCAGACUCUGCACUUGCCCAGGCCCAGAAGUGUUUUGCACUGUACCGGCAGGCCUACACUGGAAACAACCCAUCCCAGGUUCAGAAAGCCAUGGAUGGUUUUGAGGACGUCAUUAGGAGGUUUCCAAAGUGUGCUGAGGGCUAUGCUCUGUAUGCACAGGCACUAACAGACCAGCAACAGUUUGGUAAGGCAGAUGAAAUGUAUGACAAAUGUAUUGAACUAGAGCCAGACAAUGCCACAACAUAUGUCCACAAAGGUCUGUUGCAGCUUCAGUGGAAACAGGAUCUGGAAAUGGGCCUUGAACUCAUUAGCAAAGCCAUUGAAAUUGACAAUAAAUGUGACUUUGCUUAUGAAACCAUGGGAACCAUUGAAGUCCAAAGAGGCAAUUUGGACAAGGCUAUAGACAUGUUCAACAAGGCCAUCAACUUGGCCAAGUCAGAGAUGGAGAUGGCCCAUCUCUACUCCCUCUGUGAUGCUGCUUAUGCCCAGACAGAGGUGGCCAAGAAGUAUGGGCUCAAGCCUCCCACACUAUAACUCUUGCCUCCUUUUGCCACUCUCUACUGCCGGGCCACAGUACACGUCCCAUAACCCAUCUUUUUUUUUACUUCAUUAUAAAGAUGAUCAUUAUGAAUGAAAAAAAAAAAGGCCGGACAGGUUCUGCUACAAUGUUUACACCAGUUUUUAUUUGAGUACUGGAAGGUGGCACAAAAAAUGGUGGAGGAGCAGCAAAAAGAAACAAGAUAAAGCAAAAAGCAAGUGAAAAAGACUGGCUGCUUUGUUUGAUAUCAAAUCAUCAGUGGCAUAGCUCACAUCCUCCCUCAUUGAGUAUGGCUUAGGCUAUCUUGCAGCUUGUAACAGUACCCAUUUGUUCAUGUUCAGCCUCCCCUGCCAAUUGGUGUGACAAAUGUGAAUCUUUUUGAUUUAAUAAUCUUAAUUUAAUGGUCAACUAUGAACGUUGGUUUUUCUUUCUUUCUUUCUUUCUCUUUCUUUCUUUCUUUCUUUCUUUCUUUCCUUCCAUCCAAGACACCAGAUUGAGUAAGUUUGAACCAUUAUACCAGUGUAUACCAUCAGCAGGACUGCAUUAUUGAUUCAUGGUUUAAUGCUGUAAUGUGCGCAAGUUUUGUCCUUUCACUGUCACAUCCUAGCAACCUUAUUUACGGUCUUUGUUGUAUGGGAAGUGAAGGAUUAAAGUUUUAGUUGAGAUGUAUUUGUGUUAUAAAUUUGUUCUUGAUGUGUCACUGCUGUGAUGACGCUGUGUUUAUAAUAAGGGGAUUAUAUUGAGGUUAAAUGCGAAAUUUUGCCAUACAGUUAUUCAUUUUUGUUUGUUUUUACCUUGAGUUUUGGAAUUUUUUUUUUUUUAACAUUCUGUGCUGCAUUUAAUAAUACAUGUCAAUAUAAAUUAAAAUAUCCUAUAGAAGAUAUUCAGCCUAUUUAAAAAUAAAUAAUUUAAAAAAAAAAUCAAGAUAAAGUGCACAUUAUUUAAUAUUGUUAAAGAUCGUAUAACUAGUUUAAAGCCCUUUUAGCCCUGUACAAGAAUUUUUCUGUGAAAUCACCUUGCCCAUCUCUUCAAAGUGAGGCACUAAAGUGUUAAAUGUUAAAAAUGUAGCUGUGAGAAACAUAGCAUAGAAAAAAAUAUAAAUCACCAAAAUUACAUUCCUCUCAUUUUAUCUUCCAAACUGCACAUAUCUGAUUUUAUUUUGUUUAGUUUCUCUGUGAAAUAAAAAUGUCAUUGAGGCGUAUUUUUGAAGAAUGGCUCCCUUCUUUAUAAAUCUUAAUGGAAGAAAAUAAAAGAAACACCUUACAUUUAGCAACUAA